AUGCCGGCAAAGCAUCAUGUUCACUGUAUUACUGGAAACCAGAAUAAGCUCGCCGUAGUGCAAGCCAUUCUGGGCGAUGGUAUUGACGUGCGGGGUCAAGCAUUGGACCUCGUCGAAAUCCAAGGCACGAUCGAACAGGUUUCCAUGGACAAAUGCCGGAGAGCUGCAGAAGCUAUCACUGGCCCUUUGCUCGUCGAAGAUUCAAGUUUGUGCUUCAAAGCUCUGAAAGCGCCUCCAGGCCCAUACGUGUGUGCGAUCUGAUUACUAUGUAGAUUGUUGUGUUCUUACUACAGUCGCAGGCGAAUUGACUGUCGCUUUUCGGAACAGUUAAGACUAAUAAGAAAAAGUGCACCAUUGUGGCAUGUGUGGCUUAGCUUGUACCUCGGACAUAUCUUACCUAGGUAAUUCGUGGAAUACGAGUGCUCGCAUAGGAUGGAUCAGUUGCCAAAGCGCGAUUUCCGCUACAGAAAUACGCCCGAUGAGGUAGACAAACAGCACUUUUAGCUCUAAUUAAGG